AGUGUGUUGCAUUAACUGAGUGAACACAAUAGCUGUUUACGAUGAGUAAACCAAUUCUGUCAGCCUACUUUCACUUCUCCCUCUGUGGAGUUGCUGUUUGCAUCACACAGAGGGAAUAACUUCAGAAGCCUGCCAUAAUCUUCAGGACGCCAGGCACAGCAGUCCACCUGCAGAUUGGGCAUCCUCUUUAUAAAGGAGUCCAGAACAUUCAGAGAAAGAAGAAUCCGAUUUUCCAAGAGAGGGUACCUGUGAACUAUCUGAUACCUGGGGCUAAGAAAAGAAAGAAAACAGAUCAAUGACUGCUGGAUCCACACCCAGACUGCAAGCUCUCUGUGCCUCCAUGCUCUCUGUAUUCCUGGCUGCCUCCUCCAGCGGCUGACAGGACUGCCACCUCCUUUCUACAACUCCAGUAUCAGGAAGAGGAAAGAGGACUCAGCUUCCAGAUCACUUCUUCUUGGAGCCAACUAUUUAGCCCAGAAUUGAAAUGCUGAGUGUUGAUCUUGCUGCUGUCAAGAUGACUUCCCACCUGAUUGUAGAGAUUUAAUCAUGUAGCAGGCCCCCCGGUUCAGCCCACCUAUUCCACAGAACUGGAGUUCCACAGACAGGGAAUAAUGAUGGCUGCCGUACAAGAAGAAGGCUCUUGCAUCAACUUCAGGGAAAUGGCAUUUAUUGACAACACACUUUACUUUACACCUGAAGAUGAUGACGGAGACCUGGAAUCAGACCACUUUGGCAGGCUUGACCGUGUAAGCACAGUAGUACGUAAUAUGAAUGACCAAGUUCUCUUCGUUGACAGAAGAAAGUCACCUGUGUUUGAGGAUAUGACUGAUGCUGACAUAUGGGCUAAUAAACCCCAUACCAGACUGAUAAUAUAUAUGUAUAAAGAUUCUGAUGCAGGGGGAAUGGCUGUAACCCUCUCUGUGGAGGAUCAAAAAAUGUUUACUCUCUCCUGUAAGAACAAAGUCAUCUCCUUUCAGGAAAUGGAUCCACCUGAAUAUAUCGAUGAUACAAAAAGUGAUAUCAUAUUCUUUGAGAGAGGUGUUCCAGGACAUAACAAGAUGCAAUUUGAAUCUUCACUGUACAAAGGACACUUUCUAGCUUGUGAAAAGGAGGAUGAUGUUUUCAGACUCAUUUUGAAAGAAAAGGAUGAAAAUGGGGAUAAAUCUGUAAUGUUCACUGUUGCUACCUUACCUCACAGUUAGGUAUCAAGUAUGUUUGUGUUCCAGAAAGAUGAUUAGAAUGCAUGAGCCUUAUGAUAAGCCAUUCUGUGUUGCCAUAUGAAACACCCGAGGCUGCAUAAUUUAUAAAGCAAACAGGUUCAUUUAUCUCAUGUGUCUAGCCCAAUUCCUACUCUCUGGUAAAUGGCCCUGGCUGCAUUACAACAUGGAAGACAAAGGGAAAGGAAUUAGCUGCAUGUGAAUUAGCACAUGAAUGAGCCUCGCUUCAUAGCAACUCAUUCUUGAGAGAGGCAUUAGUUCUUCCCAAUGCUGGAGCCCUCAUAAUCUAUUCAUCUCCCUCCCACCUCUUAAAUAUCUCACUACCUCAAUACAGUUAUACUGCAGGUCAAGUUUCCAGCACAUGCAUCAUAGCAAAUCUAUUCUGUGGCAGUGAAAUAAAUACCAAUAAUGUCUUCAACAUGUCA